AUGAGUGAGAAACCGCUUGAUAUACGUGCAUGGCGUGCUGAGUAUCUGAACAGAGAAGAACCAAUAUUUGAUGAAGCGAAAUUAAAAACUCGCAAUCCGUUCGAGAUUUUUGAUACCUGGUUCAAAAACGUAGCAGCACAGGAAAAAUUGAGUUUUGAAGAGCGUAAUGCCGUCUGUUUAUCUACUGUAGGCAAGGACAUGCGGCCAUCAUCACGUUAUGUUUUACUGAAAGGCUAUGAUACUAAUGGCUUCUCAUUCUACACCAACUACAACAGUCGAAAAGGACGAGAAUUAAACGAGAAUCCGUACGCCUGUAUGCUCUUCUACUGGCCAAUCGUAAAUAGGCAGAUACGGAUAGAAGGUAAAGUGAGUAAACUUCCAAAUGAGGUCGCUGUCGAAUAUUGGAAUUCGAGACCGCUAUCUAGUCGAAUUGGCUCAAAAAGCAGCGAUCAGAGCACAGUCAUCCCAAACAGGGAAUUUCUGGAGAAUAAACGAAAGGCACUGGAGGAGCUAGCGGCUAAAGAAGGCGAGGCCAGUAUCACAAAACCAGAUUGUUGGGGAGGUUACCUGUUAACACCGGAUUACUACGAAUUUUGGCAAGGACAGACUGACCGAGUCCAUGAUCGAAUCGAAUUCAGAAAGAAUGGUAAUGAAUGGACGAUGCGUAGACUGUCACCAUAG